CCCGAGUGCAAAGUGAGUGCAGAAGAGCGAAAGAGACCAGCCGAGGCUCUGCGACGAUAUACACGCGAUAAAACAAGGUGCAAAGAAGGUAAAUUGUUGUUUGAAAUUGAAACCCCAGUGGCGGCAACAUAAUCCUCUGGUCUGGUUGGUUGCAGUCGGCCAUUCACAGUUCAGUCGGUUCUGUGGCUCCGCUCGUGUCGCGUGCUUUUGGUGGUAUGCUCCUUCCAUCGUAUCGGUGUGUAAUCCUGUAGGGACCUUAGUUGAAGUGCUGGUGUUCAAUAGAAGAAGGUUAUCUAUCGGUGCUUAGUGGUUGUUUGGAAGUUACAAAAUUGGUGUCUUGAGAGACGACUGAUAAGGGAGCGAAGAAUUUCAAGUGACUGUGUUGAACUUUCGAAAAAGUAGCCACCAUUUUUCCCUUCGACAUCUUCAACCUGUACUCCGCCGAUCUGGAGCAACGGAGCAGCUCGCUAAGCCUGGAGGCAAACUGCCUUAAAAGGCGAAAAUGCAACAGCGACAUGGAGCGGGACCGUGAUCGAGAUCGUGACCGCGAGCGGGCAGAGCGCGCCUCUGUCGGGGGCGAGCGCGACGUCAAACCUUCGCUGGAGCCGCGGGACCUUUCGGCAACGCGGCUGUUCUCCGCGACGCAAAUCAAAAUUAGCACCUCUCCCACGACGUCACCGACGAUUUCCAACUCGUCCUCGCCGACACCGACUCCGCCGAUUCCGGCCGUAUCGCCCGCCGUCAGUGGCGUGGGCAGCGCAUACCAUCACUCGAACCACAAACAGAUUACAGGGAUACCGUGCGUGGCCGCCGCCUCCAAGUACACAGCCCCGGUGCACAUCGACGUCGGCGGCACGAUCUACACCAGCUCGCUGGAAACGCUGACAAAAUAUCCAGAUUCUCGACUUGCCAAACUGUUCAACGGCUGCAUUCCGAUCGUAUUGGACUCACUCAAACAGCACUAUUUCAUUGAUCGUGAUGGGGGCAUGUUCCGGCACAUUCUCAACUUCAUGCGCAACUCGAAGCUUCUGGUCGCCGAUGAUUUCCCCAAUCUCGAACUCCUUCUGGAGGAAGCCAAAUAUUUCGAUAUUGUUCCUAUGAUCAAACAAAUUGAGCAGAUUAAAAAGGAACGAGCUCGCAGCGGGAACGGACUGCCCCCGUUUGGCAGGAGCCGGCCGAGAAGUAAGUCCGUCUCGCCGCAGGACGCCAACCACGACGUAGUGGCACUGCACAUUUCACCGGAUUUGGGCGAAAGGAUUUUGAUCUCAGCUGAACGGGCGAUCCUGGACGAAGUGUUUCCCGAGACCAAUCAGGCGAUCUUGGACGCCCGGACCGGUGCCGCCUGGAAUCAGUUCGACGGAAGGCAAGUCAUUCGAUUCCCACUGAAUGGAUAUUGUAAGCUGAACUCGAUUCAGGUGUUGACCCGUUUGCUGAAUGCGGGAUUCAAUGUGGAGGCAAGCACCGGUGGAGGCGUUGAGACGCAGCAGUUCUCCGAGUACUUACUCGUCCGUAAAAGUUCAAUGUGAUAAUCUAAGUUUAACUGCUAGAGAGAGUAAAAGAGAGAAAAGCUCAAAGUAUCAUUCAAGCUGAAUUGAAUGUUUGAAACAUGUUUUAGCUAACUUUUAGCAAGCUGCGCUUAUUUUAAUUUAUUAUUCUUUUUACAUUCGAAUGAGUCGAUCGACGUGAAAGUAAAAUGAACUAUGUCCAUUUUAAUGUAGCAUCAAGUGAACUAAAUGAUUGUGGAAGCGAAACAGAUAAACAGUGGAAAACAAUUGUUUUAUUAAGAAACUCUUACUAUUAACGUGCGUAAAUAAGGCAUCUAAUUGAGAAUUAGUGUAAUUAGUAAAUUCAAAACAAGACAACUGAAAUAUAAUCACACUUUAUGUUACCUCUUUUAAGUAAGUGACAUUGGAACGAAACUAAUAAAAUCUUCAUCUCUUAGGCUAUGCUUUGCGAUUAAUCCGAAAACGUCAAAUUUCCUCAAGGCAAUCCCGAUGCUCCAUACACUAGGCGCGCUUCCGCCUUUUGCUGAAAUUG